UCGAAACACAGAAGCAUAAAGCUCUUCUAAGCACACUCGUGGAGAGAGUCAGAAAAAUCCCUAAGAAUUCAGAUCUUGUCCGUAACAUCGAGAAGAAUGGCUUCUUCAACGUUCAGCGGCGACGAAACGGCACCGUUCUUCGGCUUUCUCGGCGCCGCCGCGGCCCUCGUCUUCUCCUGUAUGGGAGCUGCGUACGGAACGGCGAAGAGUGGAGUAGGAGUGGCGUCGAUGGGAGUGAUGCGGCCGGAGCUGGUCAUGAAGUCGAUCGUUCCGGUGGUCAUGGCGGGAGUGUUGGGAAUUUACGGCCUUAUUAUCGCCGUCAUCAUUAGUACCGGUAUCAACCCUAAGGCCAAAUCCUAUUACCUGUUUGAUGGUUAUGCUCAUCUCUCGUCUGGUCUGGCCUGUGGCCUUGCUGGGCUCUCAGCUGGUAUGGCUAUUGGCAUUGUUGGUGAUGCUGGUGUUAGAGCUAAUGCCCAACAGCCAAAGCUUUUUGUUGGGAUGAUCCUCAUUCUCAUUUUUGCUGAAGCCCUUGCUCUGUAUGGUCUCAUUGUUGGCAUCAUUCUUUCCUCCCGAGCAGGUCAGUCAAGAGCCGACUAGAAAGCUGUGCUGGGUGGAUUUCUCGAUUGCUGCUAUUAAACAAGCUCUAUGUUUUGGUAUAAGUUCUAGUUUCGUUUUGGAAGUGUACUGCAGAUUCUUGUUUGUUGUGAUCGAUGUCUGCCAGAUGGAUUGGUAGUAUUUAUGUGCCAAAGGUAGAAAAUAGAAUUAGCAAUUAGUUUUACUUCUGAAUAAAUUUGCAUCCUUUUUCAAUUUUCUUUUCAUUAGACCGGGCUGUAUUGAGAAUUGAAAUUAACACUACUUUGUCUAAAAUUAUUUCUCGUAGUAUUAUGUUAGCUAUAUUCUUCA